AUGUGCGCGCAUGCGGCGAUGGUGCUAGUGGAGGGCUACCGUGUGAUCGGCAACGGGCAGCCUGUGGGCACCUUAGACCAGUGGCCAGUUGGGCCACCUUCGCACCAUGCCAUUGUCCUUCUCCUCAUCCCCUUCGUCAAACAUAGGUGUUCACUCCCUCCUGAUUCCUCCUCUUCCUCCCGCGAGAAUUUUCCGGCGUCGGAAGGAGCCGCAUCCGCCUCGAGGCGGUGCAGUUCGGACGCAGAUUUGGUGCGAUUCUGCACGACGAGGUCGAAGCGGCUCACGCUACUCCUCGAGCGAGGGGGGACCAAUUGGACACCUGUUGCAGAGCACCCGUCAGAGUGGUGA